CUUUAAAACUGCAUCAUUCCUUGUUCAAUUACAUACAGUAAAUACAGUCUAAAAAACGCAGCUGUCUAGGGCAAUCUAAGGCUGCAGUGUAUCGCCAGUAUAUGAUGCAACUUUUGGGAGCCUUGAGAGCAAGUGGGUGGAGAAAACUACUUAAACCAGCCUCCAGCUCUUUAACCUGCUGCUUUUGACAAAGCAGCCAGAAAAGUUGAGUUGCAGGAAUGGCCAGGUUAAGUUUGAGGCGUGGGCUCCCUGUGCAUCCUGUGAGCUGCCUGGAUGAGCUAAUGGCAUCGGGCACCCGCAGAAGCAGCAGCGUACCAAUGGUCAGACAGGCGUUCGGUGAGAGCGGCAGUAUCAUCAAACCCUACAGCGAGAUUCCCGGGUUGUGGAAGAACGGCAUUGCCAACCUGUACAAUUUCUGGAAGCUAGAUGGCUUCAAAAACCUUCACCGGAUUAUGAUGCAGAAUUUCAAUACUUUUGGACCCAUUUACAGAGAAAAAGUAGGAUAUUAUGAAAGUGUGAAUAUCAUCAACCCAGAAGAUGCUGCCAUUCUGUUCAAAGCAGAGGGUUCUUAUCCCAAAAGACUGAAAGUGGAAGCCUGGACCUCAUAUAGAGACUACAGGAAUCGUAAAUAUGGAGUUUUACUGAAGAACGGGCCAGAGUGGAGGUCAAACAGGGUCAUCCUCAACAAGGAGGUUAUCUCCCCAAAGAUGCUGGGCAACUUUGUGCCCUUGCUGGAUGAAGUGGGUCAUGACUUUGUGGCCAGAGUCCACAAGAAGAUAGAACACAGCGGACAAAACAAGUGGACAACAGACCUCUCCCAAGAACUCUUCAAAUAUGCAUUAGAGUCGGUGAGCACAGUGCUAUACGGGGAACGUCUGGGCCUGAUGCUGGACUACAUUGAUCCAGAGGUUCAGCAUUUCAUUGACUCCAUCACCCUCAUGUUCAAGACAACCUCACCAAUGUUAUACAUACCUCCGGCUCUCCUCAAAAGAAUUGGAGCUAAAGUGUGGCGGGACCACGUGGAUGCUUGGGAUGUAAUCUUUAACCAAGCUGACCGCUGCAUCCAGAACAUUUACAGACAGUUACGUAGGGACAGCGGUCACACCAAAAAAUACCCUGGAGUUCUGGCCAGCCUGCUCAUGCUGGACAAGCUGUCUAUUGAAGACAUCAAGGCCAGUGUCACGGAGUUAAUGGCUGGGGGGGUUGAUACGACCUCUAUCACAUUGCUGUGGACGUUAUACGAGCUGGCCAGACAUCCUAACCUUCAGGAGGAACUCAGGGCUGAGGUGUUAUCUGCUAGAGCACAGAGCCAAGGAGACAUUGUGGAAAUGCUGAAGAAGAUUCCUUUGGUCAAAGGAGCGUUGAAGGAAACACUAAGGUUACAUCCAGUUGCAGUGAGUUUGCAAAGAUACACAGCAGAGGACAUCAUUAUUCAGAAUUAUCACAUUCCAGCCGGGACACUGGUGCAGUUGGGGCUCUACGCAAUGGGGAGGGACCCUAAGGUGUUUUCUCGUCCAGAACAAUAUCAACCUUCUCGCUGGCUCCGGACUGAGACCCACUACUUUCGCAGCCUGAGCUUCGGUUUUGGCCCGCGCCAAUGUAUCGGACGCAGAAUAGCUGAGACCGAGAUGCAGAUCUUUCUCAUCCACAUGCUUGAGAACUUCCGGGUGGAAAAACUGCGACACGUGAAUGUGCAGAGUACCUUUGAGCUCAUACUUCUACCAGACAAGCCCAUUUUAUUAACAUUGAAGCCCUUGCAAAAUAAUUGAUAACGACGUCUCACAACAUGAAGUGACGUUUGUCAAUAUUUACCACUUAAUGCAUUUAUAAAUUACCUCAGGAUUUUCUUAAAAGGUGAAAAAUUUAAUUCAGAGGCUUAUUGAACAAAGUAUGGAUGGACGUGUUUGAGUACAACAUAACAGUGGGCAAAAAGAUACAGAAACUUAAUUUA